UCAGCUCCAUCUCUCCAUCAGAAGUCGCAGCUAGAGAGCUAACUGUGCGUAUUACGCUGAGCUACGAAGAGCUACAUUUAUUAUAUCAGUGGCUGGCAAGUGUCGCCUUCUUUUUUGUAUUCAUAAUUCUGCGUGUUCAUCUGUUUACAUAAUAGUCCAAGAAAUAAAGUCUGUGGAAAAAAAUGUUUUUAUUCCUUGACACAUAUGGUUCACAAUCUUAAUUAAUUUAAACAAUAGAGGGAAACAUUUGAACUCGUUUCGAAGACUCGUUUCGUUUGAAGAUGUUUCUUUUUAUGGCCCCUCUGUGGCGAGCCUCUUUAUACUCUCUUUAAGUCAGCAAAAGACUAGUAUAUAAUCAACAAGUCAUAUGCACAAAUACAAAUUCACUAACGAUGAACCUUUUUAGCAAAAUGUGUGGAGCAAAACUGCUCACCUGUUGAAGUUUAAAUCAAGAAAAGGAGAAGGAAGAGGAAAGAGUCGCCAUACUGUUGCAUUAACUCUUUGAAAUUUUCCUUUCAUUAUAUAUUAUUUGUAUAUUUUAUAUGUUGUUUUAUUUAUUUAUAUUUUUGUUUUUACAAUAUUUAACACACCAAACACCAAGAAAAAUACCCCUUUGCCUGAGCAUACUUGGUAGUAAAUCGGAUUUUGACAUCAAUCCGUUAGGUGGCGAUAAUGCGCCGUUAUGAAACCGGAAGAGGCAAGAAAAGACAAAUAAAGCAAAGGAAGAAGAAGAAGAACGUGAAGCGGCUAAAGUAUAACUUCGCAUUGAAAAAAGCGUUUAAUUUGUCUUCACGGAGAGAGAAAGGCUGAAGUUUGUUAAACCAGGGAGUGUUUGGCGCCACUAAGGACACCGAAGCGACUACAAGAGGAUGAGGAGUUUCUCCACCCUCCACUCUCCUCCCCCGUCUCCCCACCGGGUCCCCGUCCCCCUCGUGUCCUCCUCCUCCUCUCUGACUUGCUGUCCUGAACUCGACCUGUCGGUUACGCUCAGCCCCGCCCCUAAACAUGGCCACGGCAUAUUGAAGCCCCGCCCACUGGAGCAGAGCCACAAGACUGGCCUCUCACAGCGGCGGUCCUAUCCCCAAGGCCAGACAGGAAGAAAGAGGAACACGCAGGUGUGUUUUGAAGAACCGGUGGUUGUCACGGUUACGCCGGAGCCUCACAUCCCAGUUCAGCCGAGGGGUCCAAGAAGGAGCAGAGCGCGUAACCAUGCCCUCAGACAUUCGGUGGAGACUCCUGGUUCGUCGUCCGGUACAGACCCGGGUUGUCUGGAGAGGGCAGAGCUGAACACCACCCUGGCUCUGAAGGGGGAGCUUCAGUCACUGAAGGAGGCGGAGUUUAACUCCCAGAAGGCCGUUCAGGAGACGCUGCAGAGGUCAGAGAGGACCAAGAACCUGAUCAACACCAGAGCUACAGGCGUGGUGAACGUCUCCCGCUCUCAGCUUCUCUUCAACUCCCUGGUCAGCGUGGACGUCCAGGAGGACCAGCUGCUCGGCCAGGUCCUCCAGGAGAGGCUCCACCUGGCCCCGCACCCCCGCCUCCACGACGCCAGGGGGGCAGAGGGCCCCUCGCACCUCUUCUUCGUGACCCCCGACCUGCUCAGACAGAAGCCCCUCCCACCGGAGGACGAGCCCGUCGCCUGUAAGCUCCGCCCCACGCCGCACCCCGCCCGCUCCACCUUUGACCUCUACAGACGACAGAGACGGUGGGACGCGGCGCCCUGAGACAGGCAGGAGGUACUGACUGGACACUGAUAGUAACUAUCCUAUUAGAUUUUUUUUUUUUAAGUUAUUUUUAAUGAAAUCUCUUUUUGUUUCAUUAAACCACAAACAUUUUUCUUCCACAAUAAAGUUUUUCAGACACGUUUGGA